CAGAGUCUGGCGAAAUCUCGCGAGAACAGCGACACUGGCAGAUACUUCCUCACAAUGUAAACACAGGGGUGACAGGCUGGCAAAUAUUCCAAGCCAUUUCCCAGUAUAUGAGCUGUGAUGGGUUCUACUCCUCCAUGGCUGAUGAAAUGGAGACUAAAGGGACCGACGAGGUGGAGAAACUAAAGACAAGGUUCAUGUCAGCAUGGCAUAGUAUGAAGUACAGUUGGGUUCUGAAAACGAAGACUUCUUUCAGUCGCAAUUCUCCAGUUUUCCUGCUGGGAAAAUGUUAUCACUUUAAAGCAGAGGAUGAUGAAAGCCCUACCGAAAACAGUGCCACUGACGAGUUUAGUCAUGAUGCCGUCAUGGGUAACGUGGAUGACUUUCGGAAGGACUUUGCUUCCCGGGUGUGGCUUACCUAUCGGGAGGAGUUUGCUGCCCUUCCAGGCUCGACUGUCACUUCAGACUGUGGAUGGGGCUGCACACUCCGAGCAGGCCAGAUGAUGCUGGCCCAGGCACUACUGCUCCAUUUCUUGGGUAGAGACUGGACGUGGCCUGAGGCACUGAACUUGGAGCCUCUGGACACAGAAACACGGACCAGCAGUGCAGCACGAAGACUGGUAGCCUCAUUAGAAGCUUCAUUCCAAGGAGACAGACCAAGGGUUCCAGAGCCCCUCUGCCAGGGUGGUGCAGAAGAGGCUGAUUCCCAUCUCAAAGAGGUGUAUCAUCGCACUAUUGUUACCUGGUUUGGAGACAGUCCCUCUGCUCAUCUUGGAGUCCAUAGGCUGGUCACUCUGGGCAUGACCUCAGGCAAAAGAGCUGGGGAUUGGUACGGUCCUGCAGUGGUGGCACACAUACUCAGAAAAGCUGUGGAGGAGACAACAGAACCAGGACUGAAAGGCAUAAGCGUUUAUGUGGCACAGGACUGUACAGUGUACAGUGCUGAUGUUAUCGAGAGCCACUCAGCUCGUACAGACACGUGUGGGGUUCCUGAGGGGCCUGUUGCUGACAGCAGAGCCGUCAUCAUCCUCAUCCCCAUCAGACUGGGUGGAGAAAAGAUCAACCCAGACUAUUUCAACUUUGUCAAGGGUAUCUUAAGUCUGGAGUACUGUAUUGGGAUCAUCGGGGGGAAACCCAAACAGGCGUACUACUUUGUAGGAUUUCAAGAUGACAGCUUGAUUUACAUGGACCCUCAUUACUGUCAGUCUUUUGUGGAUGUCAGCACAAGCGAUUUUCCUCUGCAGUCCUAUCAUUGCCCUUCACCUAAGAAGAUGCCUUUCAUUAAAAUGGAUCCCAGCUGUACCAUUGGAUUCUACUCGAAAAGUGUUCAAGAUUAUGAAAGAAUCAGCAAUGAACUCUCAAAGGUUCUGCAGCCGUCGGCAAAGGAGAAGUACCCAGCGUUUACCUUCAUGAAAGGACACGGGCGAGAUUAUGAACUAUCGGCCCCUGUGGAGAAGAAAGAGUGGCCCUUCAUCACAGACAAACGGAAGGCUGGAGCGAGUGCAGGGGACUUUGUGCUGCUGUAAGUUAGGACCAGUGGAUACCUGAAGCUCUAACCCGGGGCCUGUAUUUUUUAAAACAGAGUAUGACUGCUGUUUUGGAUGUGGCAUUUCUUGCAGACACCAUGAUUUUGCAUUAUUUUUGUGAAUGAACUGUGUAUACUGGGCCUGUACUGAACCGGUGUCAGAGUAGUAUUGCUGAUUCAUAGACAGUUUAUGUUUCUUUUCGCAUCCAUUCUGAUCAGUAUCACUAACAGCUAGGAGGGAACGGCAUCCAUAAACAACAGCAGUCCGAGGCUGAGAUGUUGUGAUCUGUUAAUAUGGGCCCUGAUCUUAACAUAACACUGUCUUAAAACACGCUCAUUGUGUCUCGCACAGAUGUUCACACUGAACUUCCUGCUACAUUUCCUGUUUAGUCCAAGAGGGAGCCUUUUCAGGGUAUUAAAUUAUAAGGAUUAUCAGUACUUGGUAUAAAACAUUGAUUUAAUUUUUUUGAAUAAUGUAAUUAUUAGUGCUAAAAUGUGAAACCUGGUACUUUAUUCAUUACCUUUCUCAGGCUUCUUUAAAAAUAUAUAUAUGUAUAUAUACAUAUAUUAUUUUUCUGAAAGCAGCAUAUAUCACACUCCAGUUAAAAGUUUAGAUGGAAAUGAUCUGCUCGUCAUUGUGCACUGUGCUUGUAGCUGGCUGCACUGUGUGCUCCAAUGAAGAGACAUUAAAAAAAAAAAAAACAGAAUUUAUAUUUAUAUCAGUUUUCCAGACAAGGUUUAAGCCUAGCUUCAUACUACACCAAAUUUAAAUGGAGAUUUGCCAUCGCUAUGUCUAGGCUUAAACCCUGUCUCAGAAACUGCUUCAUAGAAUUUUAACAAACAUCUACACAGCCUUUGAGAAUAUGGUAUAGUGCCUCCUGGAAGCAGGAUGCAGGAUGAUGUAGCACAAAGACAAGAUGCUUACAGACUCUGAGUGCUUCCAAAUAGUACUGUAAAAUCACACUGUAAAAUAAAAAAGUAGCAUUUUUAUAUUUACACAAACACUCAUUUACACUCACACACACAUGCACAUUAAAAUAGGGAGUGAAUAUUGUUGGCACUGAGACUGUUGUGUAGAAAAGUCCAUUUUAUAGUGACAUAAGUAUGUUUGAUUAUUAAUUGUUCUCUGCUUUAAAUCAAAUCCAGUUGGAGUAAGAAGAAGAAAAAAAAAAGAGACCACUUGAGUUUCUGAAUCAGUAUUUGGUGGAAUAACUUUUAAUCACAGUUUUAAUGCAUCUUCGCAUGUUCUCCUCCACCAGUCUUACACACUGCUUUUGGAUAAAUUCAAGCAGUUCAGCUUGGUUUGAUGGCAUGUGAUCAUCCAGCUUCCUCUUGAUUAUAUUCCAGAGGUUUUUUAAUUUGGAAAAUCAAAGAAACUCAUAAUUUUUAAGUGGUUUCUUUUUUUUUUUCUAGAGCUGUAUAUACACUUUAUUGCCACAAGUGUUUUCUCACCCAUCCACAUCAUUGAAUUCAGAUGUUCCAGUCCAUUUCAUGAUCACAUGACUAUAAAACCAAGCACCUUAGGCACGCAGACUUCUUCUACAAACAUUAGUUAAAGAAAUUUUCCUCACUACUAAAUAUCUAAAUAUUCCAUAGUCAACUCUCAGUGAUACGAUAACAAAGAGGAAGCGUCUGGGAACACAAAUGGGGUCAGCAGAUGCUGAGGAGCAUAGUGCACAGAAUUCACCAAGCACUACAGACCUCCAGACCUCUUCAGAUUAUCGUAAGAACAGAGCUUCAUAGAAUGGGUCACCAUGGCCAAGCAGCUUCAACCAAGCCUCACAUCACCAAACACAAGGCCGACCAGUGAAUACUUAUAAUAGGCAAUAGUGUAUAAAGAAAAGUUUUGAUUGGAUAUAUCAGUGCUGCUAAACCCUGACAGUCCUGAAAGAAAGGAUAAAUUUAUUGUUAUGGUUGUGCUUAGUGCAGGCCACAAAUCAUAACAGAUCAGUGCCAAUUCAGAAAUAUACUACGCACUAAAUUGUGCUAAAAUCGUGAGUGAAGUCUCCCCAGCCAUUUCAUCAUGCCUAUAGGCAUUUUUUAAUUAGAGACCUCCAUCUCAAGUUCUCUAAUUUUGUUAUACUUUAGUCCUUGAAGAAACUCUUGGUUCACAUCAUUUCAAGAACGAACGUGGCCUGCAUAUGAAGUGACAUUCUUGUUUUGGCGAAGGAGGACUUUAUAACAUAUAGCAUUUUGGGUAAACAGCAGUUGUUAUAUGUACUGGUGUAAAACAGUGGUUCCCAAACCUGGUCCUGGAGGACCGGCUGUUUGUCCUGCAACCAAACUAGGGCUGUGUAAAAUGUGAGUAUAUAAUGGAGGCACGAUUCAAUUUAUUGCAAUACAUUCCAUAUGUACAGCUCUGAAAAAAAAGAGACCACUUCAGUUUCUAAAUCAGUUUCUCUGAUUCUGCUAUUUAUAGAUAUAUAUGUGAGUAAAAUUAACAUUGGUGUUUUAUUCUAUAAACUAUGGGCAACAUUUCUCCUGAAUUCCAAUUUUUUUUUGUCAUUUAGAGCAUUUAUUUGCAGAAAAUGAGAAAUGACAAAUAACUAAAAAGAUGCAGAGCUUUCAGACCUCAAAUAAUGCAAAGAAAACAAGUUCAUAUUCAUAAAGUUUGAAGAGUUGAAAUAACUCUUGUUUUUAAUCACAGUUUGCAUCUUGGCAUCUCCUCCACCAGUCUUACACACUGCUUUUGAAAAACUUUAUGCCACUCCUGGUGCAAAAGUUUAAGCAGUUCAGCUUGGUUUGAUGGCUUGUGAUCAUCCAUCUUCCUCGUGAGUAUAAUCAAUUUGGUAAAAAAAUAAAAAGUAGUCUCUUUUUUUUCCAGAGCUGUAUAUGUAUUAUGAUUGUUUAAAUUAAUUGCAUUUAAAUUAAAUUAAAUUGAUCAGAUCUGAGUAAAAGAAGAUGUUUACAUUUUAUGCAGUUACGUAUAACAGUAAAAUCUAAUGAGAGAGUAAAACACUGCUCUCUACUGGGAGGUGUUUGAACACAACACAAAGUGAACCUCUGUCUGCAACCAAUCUCUACAUAUAAACUAAUAAUUAAAAAUCUAUGCUGUGUUUUUUUAAAAACAGAUACAGUAUUGCAAAACAAGAUAUUGCUAAUUAAGAGCUUGAAGUUGUAAGGCAUGAUAGAAAAAGAAACCUCUGAAAUGUGCGGGGCAGGGUGUCCUCCAGGACUAGGAUUGGGUUUUUUACCCCUGGUUUAAACCAAAUUGUUUGUUUAUUUGAUAUCACACAAGCUGUAACACUAGAUCUUGUUCACGUUUUGACACAGGUUUGGUACUUUAAUAUUGCCUUCUGCUGUUUUUAAUAAGGGCUAAUGAUUAUCUCACAGACUACCAAUAGAUAAAGUUCUCACACAUGGCCAUUAAUAUAGUGUUGUUUGUUUUUUUUGUUUUGAUUUGUUUUGAUUUGAUUUGCAAAUGCUGGGAUCGUGAAUGAUGUACAUUAAUAAUAAAUUAAAUAUCUUGACUAGUUCA